AUGUUUUUGUGCUUUUACUUUUCUUGUUGCCACUGCUUGAGACGUUCAACGGGUCAUAGGGUACUUCUGUUGGACAGAGGAGGAGUAGAUAUUCUGAGCCGAGGUGAUGCCAAGAUCAAGGCGGAGGCGGAUGCAGUGAACUCUGGGACAGCGGCCCUUACUCAGCAGCAACUGGAAGCAUUGAGGAAGAAAUAUGAUACAGACAAAGACUCGUCCCUCGCCUACGCGGAGUUUUCCGGGCUGUGCAAGGAGCUUGCUGCCCUACAGAAAGCGCCGACCCCACGCGAAGAAGACCUCAAGGCCAUUUUCGAGGAGUUCGACAAAGAUGAUAGCAACAAGCUGAGCAUGCAGGAGUUCAACUGGGCCUAUGCUACUUUGCAGAGAAAAGUACAGGAAGCCGCGGCUACAAAGAUCCAGGCCAGAGUUCGUGGAAACCAAGCGCGAUCCCAAGUUGAGGAGGGAUCUGCUCUGAAAGGACGACCCAAGGCGCCGCCUCCACCACCGCCACCCAAAAAAGCAGGAGCCAAAGCAAAAGCACAAACUGCAGGUACGGCUGCAUUGUCGGAGGAGCAGAUGAACCAACUGAGGCAGAAGUACGACACAAAUAACGAACCUUGGAUUAGAAUAAGUGUGGGACAGGUCGCACAGAUGUGCAAAAGACAUCAUUGCUCCACGUCCUUAGCAGGUCUUGGAACAUUGCCUUAG